UCGGCCGCGGGCUCCAUGUCUCCCUCCACCACCUCGCAGAUCCUGGCAAGGAAGAGGCGCCGAGGGAUCAUCGAGAAGCGCCGCCGCGAUCGCAUCAACAACAGCCUGUCCGAGCUGAGGAGGCUGGUGCCCAGCGCCUUCGAGAAGCAGGGAUCAGCCAAGCUGGAAAAAGCAGAGAUUCUGCAGAUGACUGUCGAUCACCUGAAAAUGCUGCAUACAGCAGGAGGAAAAGGUUAUUUUGAUGCUCAUGCUUUGGCUAUGGACUAUCGGAGUCUAGGGUUUCGAGAGUGCCUGGCUGAAGUUGCUCGAUACCUUAGUAUCAUAGAGGGUCUGGAUGCCUCUGAUCCUCUGCGAGUUCGACUUGUGUCCCAUCUCAAUAACUAUGCCUCUCAACGGGAAGCAGCAAGUAGUGCACACACUGGCAUUGGACACAUUCCUUGGGGCAGUGCCUUUGGACAUCACCCUCACAUACCUCACCCGUUGCUGCUGCCUCAAAACGGGCACGGUAAUACCAGUACUACAGCAUCUUCCACAGAACCACAUCACCAGACCAGAAUUGCUGCCCCACAUGCUGAAACUUCCUCACUCAGAGUGCCCCCAAAUGGCAGCGUUGGACCAGUGCUCCCUGUGGUCACGUCUACUACCAAACUGUCUCCUCCUCUUCUCUCCUCCAUGGCAUCUCUGUCUGCGUUCCCCUUUUCGUUUGGCUCAUUCCAUCUGCUGUCCCCCAACGUGCUGAGUCCGUCUACGCCGACGCAGUCAGCGACCCUUAGCAAACCAUACAGACCCUGGGGGACUGAGAUUGGCGCCUUCUAAGAACUGACUCUUUUAGGAAGGGUGGGAAAGCCUACAAACCUAGCUGAGCUGGGUUAUGCCACCCUUAAAGUUGAAGUUCUUAGUAACUGGGACAAAGGUACAGCUUCACCUUAACUAAGUUUGUCUCAUUGGAAUUUUCUUUUUUGUUUACUACAUUUUUGUAUUAACAGGUUUUGUUGUUUUGGGUUUUUUUUUUUGGAAUAGUUGCUGAAGUUGUCCAAAAAUAAAAUUACAAUAGUGGUUGUUAACACUUGUGUUAGAUCUCUGCUGAGCAUUUAAAUCACUUUUGUAAACAGUUUGUUUCAAUUGUUUCAUUUUUCCUGAGUACAUCAGACUGGAUUUUUAUGAAGAGAUAUCACCUAUUAUUGUUAGCGACGACCUAGUUUUGUUAUUAAUUUUUCCAAGACCACUCUUCUCAGCAUUAACAAGCUGUGUUUUUGUUAGUAUUUCGACAUUGAGAUGUUCUAUAAAGAAUUACUCUUUUUGUAAACUA